AUGACUUCCUCAAACGAGAAGCAAAGAGAUAAGAGGUAUCAAGAAGAUAGGUAUAGCGAACAUCGGAGAGAUUACCAAGAUGAUAAAGAUCAUGACGGAUAUCGAGAACGUAAAGAUCACAAGAGACAUAAGGAUGAUAAAGGCAGAAAGAAGGAGAGGGAGGGUAAAGAUGAUACGGAUGAAGAACGACUCGAUCUGGAUACUUUAGGAGUGAACAAGAUCAGCGAAGAGGAUUAUUUCGUCAGAUCUAAUGAAUUCAGGUAUUGGUUGAAACAUUCUAAAGGGCGAUAUCUCGACGAACUCUCAUCUGAUACCGCUCGUAACUACUUUGGCAAGUUUGUGCGAAGAUGGAAUUCUGGAUCUCUGGAAAAAAGGUUUUAUAAAGUGUCUACUUUUCCACCUGGAGCGACUACGAAUUAUCGAUGGUCAUUUGCAAAUCCUUCUUCUUCCUCACAUCGCUCCCCCUCUCCUCGUCAGAUAUCUCAUCCACAAAUCAAAAACGAUGUUUCUACUCUCGUAAAAGUUAAAAUAGAGAUAUCUAAGAAUAUCUCUGAUACCGAACUUGAACCUGGACCUCGUUUAUCCCGCUUAGGUCCUUCACUCCCUUCUGCCGCAGAUAGACAAUUAGCUCUUGAACAAGAACAAGAAUCUCGAAAACGAGAAAAGAAAGUUGGACGUGAUAAGUUAUACGAACGUGUCAUAGAGGUGGUACCGAAGAAUGGUGGAAGAGAGGGGAAGAUGGAAGAGCGUCGAGCGACAAAUGCUGCGAAUAAAGAAAUGAGGGAGAAGGAUGUUGUUCCAGAGAUAGAUGAGGGGGUUUUGUUAGGUGAAAAUGAUAGUUUUGCCGCAGCUUUGAGAGCUAGGAAUAUCGCCGAGAGUAGGAGGAUGGACAAGAAAGCUAUCGCCCUCGCUGAACGACGAGCAGCGGAUGAGGAGCGGUUGUCAGAGCGGAGGAGUAAAGAAGCGGCAACCAUGAAUAUGUUCAAGGCCAUAGCCAGAGAACGAUUUGGUUGA